CUCGUCGCGAGUAACCCUGCCCUGAGAGUGUCGCAGCAUUCCACAAGUAACUAUCAGCAAAACGGCGACCAAACGAGCAUGCUGGUCGCAAGACGUAUCCGGCUCGCUGGUCGUACUCCUCAAUGUGGCUAACGGACACCUAUUGAAGCUCAGUCAUAGUUGACCUCACAAAGCCUUUCCCUACCAAUCCUCGCAAUUCUUACUUGCUCUUGUGCUUUGAUAUUCCUCUGCCCCUAGUGCCCUGACGACACGAGCCACAUGAUGCCUGCCGUUUUGUGAGCUCGUGACCAAUUGCUGGUCGAUCUUCAGCCACAAAAACAGGAACAAAGCGCCUCGCUAAAGCGUGACGUCACAUGGCAAACAAUGGCUUCACAGAAGGGCAGCGAUGCGAAUGGUUUGGGGUUGACGGGACUAUCACUGACUACUAACAGAGGUUGGACAAUGUCUGUCAGCAAACGGCAUAUAUAUUCGACACCGCCUGACCCUGUUGCUAGACACUGAUUUCGAUUUCAUCCCUCCCAGAACCCCAGUACAACUCCAUCCAUCCGCCUUUCGAAGUCACAACAUCGAUUCAAAUACAAAUCAUCAUGUCGGACAUUGCUAAAGGCGUUGGCAACCUGUUUGCUGCUGUUGUCGACAUCAUCAAGGGCAUCUUCGCCACUGUUUUCAAUCUCUUCCAAACCGCAAUCAACACGGUCAUUGGACUCUUCAAGAACGUCUUCAACUUGGCUGAAGGAGUAGUCGGCUUCAUCAUUGGCAAUAUCUUCAUCAUUGGCACAUUGUGCGCAGUGUACUUCGGAUAUCAACUGUACCAACAACGUCAGGGCAAAAACCCUGCUCCCAUUUCGAGAGCGGCAACAAAGAAGACCUCGUAAGGGCUGUAAGCUGAGAGCCUCGAGGGAUAGGGAGCUCUUGGAUCUGAAGAAUGCACAUGUUGCAGGCUAUGAAUCGGAACAAUGACAGGACGAAGGCGCUUGAGACGGAAUUGCGAAGAUACCCAGCGCUCUUUAGGAAGGAUACGGCGGCAGACGGCUCAGCUCGGCUAUGAGCCAUUCCAUGCAGUCAAGGAUGCUUGAGAGUGCGUUUGUAGGAUAGUACCUAGGUAUUCGCAGCAAUCGAUAUUCGUAUGAAACGAG